AUGGAAUCACCAAAGGAGCACAUUGAAAGGAUACGAAGAGACAAGUUCUCCAUUGGGGGGAACCCAAACCCAUUGCGUGAGGACAUGUACCAAAGUGUCAAGUAUCUCUCCGCUGAGCUUUAUACCAAAGAUGUUCAUUUUCUCAUGGAGCUCAUUCAGAAUGCAGAAGAUAAUCAGUAUUUUGAGGGAGUGACUCCAUCACUUGAGUUUGUCAUAACUUCUAAGGACAUAACAGAUACUGGUGCUCCAGCCACAUUACUAGUUUUCAACAAUGAAAAGGGUUUCUCUCCUGAAAACAUUGGAUCUAUCUGCGGUGUCGGACGGUCCACAAAGAAAGGCAACAGAAGCAGCGGUUACAUAGGGGAGAAAGGAAUUGGUUUCAAGAGUGUAUUUCUGCUCACUGCUCAGCCCUAUAUAUUUAGCAGUGGAUAUCAAAUACGAUUCAAUGAGAAGCCUUGUCCACAUUGUGAUAUUGGAUAUAUAGUUCCUGAAUGGGUUGAAAAACCAACCGUACAUGACAUAAAGCAGAUAUAUGGUGCUAGUGAUGAUUCCCUUCCAACCACUACAUUUAUCUUACCUCUAAAGCCAGAUAAGGUCAAACCUGUGAAACAACAGCUAUCAAAUAUUCAUCCAGAAGUUCUGUUGUUUCUUUCAAAGAUCAGAAGCCUUUCUGUCAGAGAAGAUAAUGAGGAUCCUAACCAGAUUACUGUGAGUGCUGUAUCUAUUUCAAGUGAGAUUAACUUCUGCACUAGGAAAAACAUGAAUGCUGAGUCUUACACACUCCAUCUCUCUGCGGAGGAAAACGGUGAUUCUGAAAAGGAAUGCAGCUAUUAUAUGUGGAAACAGAAGUUUCCAGUCAGGUUGGAGAAUGUGGUGGAAAGGAGAAUGGAUGUGGAGGAAGUGGUUGUAACAUUAGCCUUCCCAAAUCAGGAGAGGCUUCAUAGAGGAAUGAGCUCACCUGGGGUCUACGCAUUUCUUCCUACAGAGAUGAUCACUAACUUCCCCUUCAUAAUUCAAGCAGAUUUUGUCCUAGCUUCAUCAAGGGAGACAAUUCUCUUGGACAAUACAUGGAACCAAGGGAUACUAGAAUGCAUUCCAUCAGCUUUUAUGGAUGCAUUUGAAACACUUGUCAUUGAAUCAUAUGAAGCUCCAGUAUCCAGUUUGCCUCCUCAGUUCAGGUUCCUUCCUAUUAAUAGUUCUCCCUUUGAGAAGUUAAAUUAUGUUAGGGACAAAAUCAAAGCUAAACUUCUUGAGAAAAAUAUUAUUCCUAUUGAGACAUACAAGGAGCAGAAGCACUUCUGCAAGCCUUGUGAAGUUGGCAGGCUACUGCCUGAAUUCUGGAAUAUUUUGUCCAGCGCUCGGGAGGAAGGAGUAUACUUGCAUAAACUCUCAUCUCUUGAUGAUGGAAGGAAAAUCUUGAGUUCUUCAUUUGAUAAAAGUGAGUAUGAUCACAUUCUCAAUUUUUUGGGGGUGCAGCAGGUCAACAUUGAUUGGUAUGCUAAGUGCAUCCAGAGUUCUAAUCUCGUGGAUGGAGUAUCAGAAACUGUUUAUCUGAAGCUUCUAUUGUUUGUUGCUACAAGCUGGUUUUCAAAGUUCAAGGGGUCAAACAUGAUUCACAUUCCAUUGAUUAAAUACAUGGGUUCUGAUGGGAAUCUGUCCCAUUUCACCCUUUCUGAGUGCAGACAGCGCUAUGGUGCCAAGCAAGUAGUCCUUGCAGAUCCAAGUCAAUCCUGUCCCUUCUCUUGGAUGAUUGACUGGAACAAGGAAUUUUCAUGUGCAGUCAACCAAUAUUUUAUGCCAGAAAUCACACAACAAGCUAUAUUGCACUUUCCCCAGAAGCAGACUUUGUUGGAAUGGCUACAAAAUGAGGUUCAUUUCACUACUUUGAAUGUAUACAGUUUUGCAGAAAUCCUUUGCAUUUCAGUUAAUAAAAGCUGCAAGCAUGCCAUUACAUAUGCUCAUUUCUUGUAUCACUCUUUUUCAAAGAAGUAUUUAACAAGUCGAGAAGUUCAUGCAUUGUGCAGUUCAAUGCCACUUGUGGACAACUAUGGAUGUGUGAUUCAAUGCAGAAAAGGAGUUCUUGUACCUGCAAAUGUAAGCAAAUGGGCUGACUUGAUUGUUUCCAAUCCAUGGAGAAAUGAAGAUUAUGUUGAGCUAGGAAAGGAGUACUUGCGUCCAUCUCAAUAUGCGCAGCAAUAUACAGGUUCCGAGGAGCUGAUAGAAUUCCUCAAAAUUCAUGUUGAUGCUUCUGAUAUACCUGAUAUUUAUCCUCCAAAUGCUGGCUUUUCUGCUGUGGAUGCACCACUUACCAAAGAAAAUGCCUUUUUACUUUUGGAUUGGAUUCGGAAUCUGAAGUAUAGGGGAGUGCAGCUACCAAAGAGGUUCUUGAAAUGCAUAAAGGAAGGAAGCUGGCUUAAAGUUACAGUCAAUGGGUGGAGUCCGCCCUCAAAAUCAUUCUUAAUUCACUCAUCAUUAGGAAAUAUUUUGCAAACCGGUUCUGCUCUUGUUGACAUUCCACUUAUUGAUGAGAGCUUCUAUGGGAACAGAAUAGAUGACUACCAAGAUGAGUUGAAAACAGUUGGGGUGAUGUUCAGUUGUGAGGAAGCAUGUAAAUUCAUUGGAAGAGAACUAAUGUCUCGGGCACGUGGGGCUUCUUUCACUUUAAGCAGGAAUCAUGUUCUUUUGAUGCUUGACUUCAUCCAAUAUCUGAAGCGAAAUUAUCUUCCUUUUGACCAAUUUAUUGACAGCAUCAGGGAGGAAAGUUGGCUAAGGACAACUCUUGGUCUCAAGUCUCCUAUAGGUUCAGUAUUGUAUGACUCAGGAUGGGAAGCUGCUUCACAAAUUAGUGAUAUCCCUUUCAUUGAUAAGGCUUAUUUUGGUGAGGAAAUAUAUAAUUUUAAAGAGGGUCUCAUGUUGCUGGGUGUGAUAGUUGGCUUCCAUGAAAACUACCAACUUGUCAUUGACCAUUUAAAAUCACCCUCAGAUUUGGCCAAUUUGAAAGCUGAGGCUGUUCUUAUGAUAAUGGAAUGCUUAAGAUUCUCACGUGCCUCUAAUAAACUUGUAAAUUCACUCAAGGGAAAGCGCUGCUUGAAGACAGACAUGGGCUUCAAAACACCGAGUGAAUGUUUCUUGUAUGAUCCUGUAUGGGGCUGCAUUUUGGAGGUGUUCAAUGAUCUUCCUGUUAUAGAUCACAAAUUCUAUGGAGAGAAUAUUUUCACUUACAAAGAUGAAUUGAAGCAAAUAGGAGUGGUGGUUGAUUUUGUGGAAGCUAUCCAAAAAUUUUCUUGUGUCUUCAAACAGAAGGUAUCACAAACUUCCUUUAAUCAACAGCAUGUUAAAUCAUUUCUCUCAUGUUGUAGGCUGCUGAAGGGAACUGAAUACAAAUUUCCUUCCAAUUUCUCAAUCAUCAUACGUAAUGAGAAGUGGUUGCAAACCAGGGUUGGUGUUUAUAGGCGUCCAAGAAAAUGCAUUUUAUAUGGUCCAGAGUGGCAAGCUAUAUCUUCAAUAACUUGUCUCCCUUUCAUAGAUGACAGUGAUAAUUGUUAUGGUAAGGGAAUACAUGAAUACAAGGAUGAGCUGAAAAGCAUUGGUGUUGUUACUGAAUUAAAAGAUGGACUGAAAUUUGUGCAUAAGUUUCUGAAUUUCCCUUCAGAUCCCUCAACCAUUACUCCUGACAGUGUGUUUUCUUUGCUGGAAUGCAUCCGUCUUCUGACCAAAAGGGGUGUUCUUCCCAUUGAAGAAGACUUCAGGAAAAGCUUAUCCAGAAAUUGGUUGAAGACACAUGCUGGUUAUAGGUCCCCAGACAAGUGUUUGUUGUUUUAUUCAAAAUGGAAUUUGUAUCUGAAGCCAAGUGAUGGGCCUUUCAUUGAUGAGAAUUUUUAUGGUCCUGAAAUUGCAUCUUACAAGAAAGAACUCAAUGCAAUAGGAGUCAUUGAUGAUGUUGAGAAAGGGUGCUUUUUGGUUGCCAAUCACCUUGAAUUUCUCACUGAUUAUGACACCAUUGUGCAAAUAUAUAGGUGCUUGAAUGAACACAACUGGAAACCUGAGGAUAAAGCUACCCAAAAGAUUUGGAUUCCAGAAAGUAAAAAGUGGGCCUAUCCUGAGGAAUGUGUCAUAUAUGACCAAGAUAAUCUUUUUAGUUCAAAAUUUUAUGUGUUGGAUGAUAUCUAUGAGAAGAAGAUUCUUUCUUUUUUCUCCUUUGCCAUGGAAGUAAGAAACAAGCCCUCACUUGAUGACUAUGUUAACCUUUGGAAUAAUUGGGAGAGUUCUGUGGAAAGAUUGUCAUAUGACAGAUGCUGCAAAUUUUGGACGUUUAUCUUGACCCAUUUGAGCACAAACACGGAGAAGAAACUCCUUGAAAGGUUGGUGAAACUUCCUGCAACAUCAGGCAACAAUGAAAUUUUUUUGUUAGACAAGAAUGGUGUCUUUAUUCCUGAUAACCUUCAUAUGAAGAAGCUAUUUGAGAAGGAGAAAGUUUUUGUCUGGUAUCCUCAAAACUUGGUGCCAUCUCUCAGAUGUAAAUUGUUUGACAUAUACCGAAAAAUUGGUGCUCAAAAUAUCUCUGAAUCACUAUGCAAGGAAGAGUCAUCCUUACUGAAUGGUGUUGAACUCAAUCAGAUUGACCCUAGUAGUAUUUGCAAUGUAAAGAAUUUGGUUAAACUUAUUCUUGGUUUUCUUGCUUGUUCUAGUCUAAAAAUGGAACCAAACAAGAGGCAUGAAGCUGUUCAAAGUCUUGUAAACCUGAAUUUCUAUGAGACAAUGGAGGAAAUGAGUGUAAGCUAUAGUUUACCACUAUCAUCAGGGAACAUCAUUACCAAAAAGGACAACAGAAUGGUAUGCUGGGAAAGGCAAAGUUCCAAGUUUUUCACGCAGAAGAUGAAGAGGUCUAGUGAAAAUGCAAGUUUAAUAAAGUAUGCUACAUAUUUCUCAGAAGCCAUAUCAGCAGGUGUUUUGUGUGAGAACCACGAUCAGGUACUUGCACUCUCUGAGCUGAUCACAUUGGCUUUUGUGCUGAAAUUCAAUGAUGAGGAAAUUGAAUUUCUUAUGGAAUCCAAGAAUUUGCAGAUUUUCUGUGAGGAUGACGAUUUCCUCAGUUCAGCAUUUCCAUCUGAAUAA